UCCAACUUUAGGUACAAAGGUUCAUUUUUGUUUUUUUCUCCAAUGUAGCUUCUUUUCAGAACUCUGUUAUUCAUGAAAUUGUAACAAACUUUUGUGUUUCUGAGUUAUCUACUUGCACUGUGAGUGAGUGAGCCACCGUCGAGAGACACAACAACAGUGAGUGAGUGAGUGACUGACAACUAAAGUAAACAAGAAGUACUCGAUGGAGUUUGAUGGGUUCGAUCAGACUCAAGCCAUUGCAUUAGAUGACUACAGCGAUGACACGGACGAUCUUGGAGAUCCAGAGAAUAAACAACCUGUGGGUCAACUCAAGGUUUUCAGUCAGAAAAGCUUCCAAGAAACUCUCUUUCCUGUGUUUGAGGGCGAUAAUUUCAUCGGCCGGCAUGAGAGCAACCAGAUCUGUAUCCCCCUUAAGGCUUUGUCCAAGAGGCAUGCAUGUAUAGAGAUCCAAGGAGACUCCCAUCUUAUCUAUGAUAUGGAGAGCAGGAACAAGACCAGAAGAGGAAAGUUGUUUCUAAAGCCUUCUGUACGGUACGAGCUCCAUCACGAUGACUCCCUUAUCUUUGGUGAUGUUACUUGUCAGUUCAUCCAAGUUGAAAAGAAGUAUGAAGCGGAGAGUGAUGAUGGAUCCGACACUGAUUCUGAGUUGAUGUUCCAAGAUUUGCCCAAAGUGGGAGAAAAGACAAGCAAGGGGAAGGAUGCAGACUUUGGUUCAAGUUCCAGCUAUGACAUCCUCCAACCUACUCAGGCUUAUGGUACUUCAGAGACAGAGAGGAAGAUUGAGAAUGAUCAUCUUAACAAGGAGAAGAAGACCAUCCUCCUUGAGACCCCUCAGAGAGACCCAGCGACUCUUAUCUUUGCCGAGGCAUCAGAUGAGAAUAUUCCCACUGAACCAGAUAAAUCAGGGGCUGAUAACUCUAUGUGUCAUCGCAGUAUAGAAGAGACGCCCGGAACCAAGCCACUAGCCGAGAGCACCGUGAUAAAUGACACCUUUGAUGAAGAUGAAAGGAACGAGCAGUCUGACUUGGAUAUUAGCACCCUAGCCCUAGCUCCAACGCAAGCCUAUGGACAUUUUGCUGAACUAGAGACCCAAGCUUAUCCCACAGUGACUGAUUCCGACGCAGAAGAGGAGGAGGUGAGACAGAGUCUGUUUGAUGCUCCUACUCAAGCAUUUACUGUACCAGACUCGGAGGAAGAAGACACCCCAAGAAGAAGGAAGAGAAUAAGUUUAGAACCGACACUUCUACUGAACCUUUCUUCUGACGAUGAUAAAAACAAACCAUAUCAAAGAAGUCUCUCCUCUGAUCACCAUGGUAUAGAGGAAGAAGCUACAAUGGCAUACGACGAGACUACCAGCGAAAGCGACGAGCACCCUCAGGGUCCCAACAAUGAGGAAGCUGAAACACUAGCGUUUGCGGACUUAGCAACCCAGGCUUUUUGUCCGGAGGAUUCCGAUGAAGCAGUCGAUGUUCCUGGUUCGAAAUCGGUGCCAGUAUUAGAGCCGACUCUAAAAUAUGACAUGCAGUCUGCAAGUCUUGAAGACUGUAAACCGAAGCAGGCCGAAGCAGAAACUGUUCCUGACAUUCCAAAGACGGAGAGCGAUACGGACGAUGAUAAGAGAGAGCAGGGGGUGGAGCCGACACUGAAGUAUGACAUGGGUAUAGAAGGGAGCAAGGAGGAGGAAAGAGGGGACCUUGCCACAGAACCAACCCUUGCCUAUACAACAGAAGAAGAUGAUGAUGAGGUCAUGGAUGUAUCAACUUUGGCAGGCGCUGAAACCCAGGCAUACGUCACUACUGAUUCCGACUCUGAUCAUGAUUGCCCAGAGAUGAAGAACUCCAGGAAACCAGUUCAUGAUCAAGCCAAUACUAAGCCACCAGUCGCUAACAUUGCUGAAGAACCGACACUUGCUUAUGAGGGGAUGGAUGAAGCACCAAAGAUGAGUUACUCAGAAGAAGCCACGCUAGCUUACAGUAACGAUGACGAUGAGCCGAUGGAUACAGACAUGUCAUUGGCUGAUGGUGAAGCUAGGGGGACUGUCGGAUUUGCAGAGAUGGAAACUCAACAAGCAGAUGGCGUAGAAUCAGAAGCAGCUGCCACAGCUGACCCAAAUGCCCCCACCCUCCAGUACAGCGCAGAAGAUGAAGAUGAUGAUGCAACUAUGGCCACUCAAGCAUACGGGGCGGACACCAGUGAUGGUGAUAAAGCCACUGUAGAGAAACCAUCAACGUCUCUCGCAAAGCAGCAUUCGGCAGUUAAGGAGGGUGAAACUGAAAGAGGGGGAGAGGGAUUAAAUAAGGAAGAGGUGGAACUAGGAGAGAUUGAUGCACAUGAAGAUGAUGAUACAACCAUGGCAACACAAGCAUACGGGGCGGAUACCAGUGAUGAUGAUGAUGAUGAAGCCAACCCUGAGACCGAAGGAGAGAAACCCUCAUCGUCUCUCGCAAAGGAGCAGUCGGGAGUUGUGGAGAAUGGGAUUGCAGGAAGGCAGGAGGGAUUGAAUAAGGAAGAAAUCAAACCAGGAGAGAAUGAUGCUGAUGAUGACUUCACUUUAGCUACUCAGGUGUAUGGAGCUAUUGAGGAGAGUGAAACGCAAGUUCCAGACAGUCAAGAAGGAAUAGAAGAAGAGGAGGGACCUUUAGUUGGUUUAACACAUCGUGUCUCCUCAAUGCUCCGCAAAGUGCCUGAACGCUCUGCCAUGGCAAGCCCUGAAAAGAAGCAGACGCAACGAGUUCGUAGAGUGGCCUUCAUGGAACAGACUCAAUCAGAUGAAGAAGAUUCUCCACAAGAAGAGACCAAAGCCACCAGGAAAUCUGCCCGAGGGAGGAAGCCUAAAGUCAAAGAACCCCAGAGGACAAGAUUCACAGAGACAGAUGCCAAACCAACGAGGAGAAAAUCUAAGGAUCUUACUCUUCCAUCUGAGGCAUCUCGAAAGAGAAAGGAAAGCCGAGAUGUGGUUGAGGGAGAGAAGAAAUCAGUUGAUGGGGAUUCUGAAGAAAGCGCUGUAGAAGUAAAGGAGGACCAGGGCCCGGUCUGGAAGUCAACAAGUGGGCUUGAGAUGAAGGAAGUCAACAACAACAUCCUUGAUAAGCCAGCUGCUAGGAGGACCUCUAGGAGACAGGCAAGCUACAAGAAGGCUGUCCAUGAUGAGGAUUCUGAUGACACUGAGUCAAUGUCGUCCACAUCAAGCUUACAAGUUGCUGUUGGGGAGCCUUCGGGGAGGUCUUUGGAAGCUUUGGGCAUUACUGAGGUGACAGUUUGCGAUGGGAAGUUAAGUGAGGAGGUGGUGAAACCUAGACGUGGAAGGAGGAGCAAAGCAUCGAAAGAAGCAGCAUCCAAAGAAGCAGCUUCCAAAGAAGCAGCUUCCAAAGCAUCCAACGUACCCAAGAGGAAGUAUUCAAGCUCAGUUAUUACUGAUCCAGAAACAGAUACUCCAGCUGUGAACAGGCAGGCAAAAGUUCCAAAACUUAAGAUUUCUCUCGGUCGACAGGAAAGUGAAUCUGACAAGAUACCAAAAAGCAAACAAUCAGUCGAUGAAGACAGCAAUAGUAGCAGUAAAGGAACAAGAUCAACACGAGGUAGGAAAGCAGCAGAUGUAAGUCAAGAGUCAAACGAAGUAAAAGAAACUCCUGUUUCUGCUCGGAGGGGUAGGAAACCUAAGGCCGCUGCUAAAACACUUCAGGAAUCCACUAAAACGCCCAAGGGAAAGGGACAAAAACAGUCGUCUAUCACUGACUAUGUUGUUGCUGAAGAUACAUCAAGGUUAACAAAUACACUCAGCUCGGAUCCAAGUAUAGAAAAAGUUCAGAAAAAACAGACAAAGGAAACCAAAGAGCGAUGUUCACUUCCUGCAACAAAUUCAGAACCAUCUUGCUCAAGACGAGCAAGAACCUCCUCUGCGGAAACUGUCACUAAACCCUCUACAAAGCCCUCUGCUGAGCAAGAAACAUUCCUUGCUCCGGAGCCAGUGAAAAAAGGCGGCCGUAAGCGACGAGGAACGAAGGAUGAAGAUCAAGGGUCAGAUGCGUCGCAGUCUGAUGCGUCACCUUUAGGGACUAAUAAGAAAGAGGAUGGGACACAAGGGAAAGGCGGGAAAAGGGGAAGGAAAGCUGCUGUGCUGGAAACUCCAAAGAAAGAAGAACAGUCUUUAACCACGCCUAACAAUAGGCGUGGCAAGAGAGCAUCCACACCUACUUUGUCCACUUCGACUGGCAAAAAGGUCAGCGCCUCUGAAACACCUGAGGGGGAGGUUGCGAGUCCAUCGCUACGGAGACGACCUAGUGACCUCAAGCCAAAGGUCAUGUUCACUGGGGUGAUUGACAAGUCGUGGCAGAAGAUUGUUUCAAGCCUUGGUGGUGAGCUCGUGGAAUCAGUCUUUGAUUGUACACACCUCGUCACAGAUAAGGUUCGACGUACAGUGAAGUUUCUUUGCUGCUUAUCGAGGGGUGCUUUAAUCGUUGUUCCAGAUUGGCUGGAUAAGUGUAAAGUCAGUAAAACAUUUGUUGACCCAGCGCCAUACUUAGUCAAAGACAAGGCAGCAGAGAAACAGCACGGUUUUACGCAUGUUACAUCUCAACAGAGGGCGCUGCAGGGCGGUGUGAUGACCAAGUAUCGUGUGUUUGUGACGGGAAGUGUCAAGCCUGAGCCACAGCAAAUGAAGGAAAUCAUUCUGUGUGCUGGUGGGAAAUUCCUGAGCAGCUUGCCAGUGAAGCCAGAUCCCUACACCAUCAUCAUAUCAUGCGAGGAGGAUAAAGCCAAGUGUCAAUCAGCCAUCAAGGCGGGGCUACAGAUCGUCAGUGCUGAGUUUAUUCUAACGGGGAUGCUGAGGCAGGAGAUCCAGCCUGAAUUAUACCAGCUCUUUACUUCAACACCAUCAACCAGUGAGCGGGGCACCAAGCGUAAAGUCAGCGAGACUCCCUCCAGCAGUAAAAGGAAACGAUGAUUUGGGCUCUUUACAGGGAUGCCAUUUUAUCUAACUGGGAUUUUUUAAAGUGAUAGUCAAGCAGGCCUGGAAUUCUGUUGCCCUGGUCUUGGCCUUCGCCCCUUCAAAAGUUUUUCAUAGACUUUAAGAAUUUCCAAUGGAAGUGUCCUUAGCAACAUGAAAAUAGCCUUUGGGUUGAAGAAUACAAUUACAAAUUGAAUUCAUCUGUUUGGGUAGUCUACACUAUGCAAUACUUUUUAAAAAUUGGUUUAACUAAUUGUCCUGAAACAAGAAAUUCUAGUAUCCUGACAAUGACUAGAGCAAGCUAGUC